UUCUUAAAAUCUUUGUUGGUUACUCCCCGCAAAAUCCAGAAACUUCCUCCAUUGAAGAAAAAAGGGAAAAUUUUCUCCUCUUUCUCACCCAACUUUGCUUCUCCCCGAACCCUAAAUCCCUCAUUAUCAACAAUGUCGAUUCUACCCUCUUCAGCCAUAAUUCCUUCAUCCUCUUCUCAAUUCACCUACCAAACGUCGGCAAACUCGUCCUAUUUCCCUUUGCCGUUUCAUCUCCAGCAACAGGCCCAACCUUAUGCCCCGUCUCCCCAGCCUGUUCCGGUCGCCCCAGCCCCUGUCUACCCCGCCCCUGUCGCCACCGUCACCGGUGUCUAUUCUCUCCCUCAAUACCAUCAGGCCCAACAGUUAUUUCAAAGGGAUGCUCAGAUAGUUACCCCUGAAGCACUAGAGAGCGUAAAGGCCGCCCUUGCAAGCUGUGAGACCGAGCACAAAGCCGAAACCAAAAAGAAAGCAAUCCCACGUAAAGCUGCUGGUCAGUCAUGGGAGGAUCCAACCCUUGCCGAAUGGCCCGAAAAUGACUUUCGCCUAUUUUGUGGUGAUCUGGGCAAUGAGGUGAAUGACGAUGUGCUUUCAAAAGCUUUUGCUCGAUUUCUCUUUAACAUGGCCAGAGUUGUUAGAGACAAACGAACAGGCAAAACAAAGGGCUAUGGGUUUGUUAGCUUUGCUAACCCUUCUGACCUCGCAGCUGCACUUAAGGAGAUGAAUGGUAAAUAUGUUGGAAACAGACCAAUCAAACUUCGUAAGAGUAACUGGAAGGAGAGGAUAGAUUAUGAUGCUCUCCAGAGACAAAAGAACCAAAACCACAAAAAGCCUAAACUACAAAAGAAAGGGAUAUUACACAAGUGAGUAGCCGACUGAGUUUUUUUUUCCUUCUAUUUCUUGGACCGAGUGAGAAUCGAGCAUACAAGCAUCAAGUUUUACCCUUUUUCUUCCGAUAUCAUGUUUGGGGCAAGAAAUUUCCAGAGAAAUAAGAGCAUAAUGUUGGUAUACUCUUUCCUAGUCUGAAAAACUGUAUUUAUUUGACUUCAUCAUUCAUCAUUGUGAAAUGGAAAUGGCACAUUUUAUCUAGUAUCGGGUGUAUCCAGCAUGUUUGUGAUCAAAUUCCAAUACUUGGGACCCUGUAUAGGUUUUCAGGCUGAAACUUCCUUGGCAUAAAAACAGGUUGAAGUCUACGAUUAUGUUCGAGUGUUCGUCUGAAAAGAAAAUUUGGUUCAGAAAAGAAUAGAGUGUGGGGAAAUGGUAUUUUCGCCCAAGCAGAGGAUCACCUGUAAAGCUUUCUGGGAAGGAGCGAUCAUUAUUCAAGUAGGAUUCAAUGAUGUUUUUAAUAAAAAAAGAAUACCAUCAACCCUUU